GAAGUGUUUGACUGUUGCCGUGACAGCUGUGAACUCAAAGUUUUCAACAAACAUAGUAAACAAAAGGCUGCAGUCGCUGGUGCUCAUGUUUGUUUACAGUUUGUUGAAAUCGUCAAUGACCGAAAGCAUAAAUAAACAAUGAGCAACAUUUACAUACAAGAACCACCGACGAUAGGAAAGGUCCUGCUGAAGACAACAGUUGGUGACAUCGAUAUAGAGUUAUGGUCUAAGGAAACACCAAAAGCAUGUCGAAAUUUCAUUCAACUGUGUUUGGAAGGAUACUACAACAAUACUAUAUUCCACCGAGUGGUGAAAGGUUUCAUAGUUCAAGGUGGAGAUCCAACAGGUACUGGUACUGGUGGUGAAAGUAUAUACGGACAACCAUUUAAGGAUGAAUUUCAUACUCGUUUAAGAUUCAAUCGCAGGGGUCUAGUAGCCAUGGCAAACGCUGGUAAAGAUGACAAUGGUUCUCAGUUUUUCUUCACCUUUGCUGCUGCCCCAGAGCUUCAGAAUAAACAUACCAUUUUUGGAAAAGUAACUGGUGAAACGAUCUACAACAUGCUGAAACUGGAAGAAGCCCUAGUAGAUGAGGAUGAACGGCCAUUGUAUCCUCAGAAAAUAUUCAAGGCAGAAGUACUGAACAAUCCUUUUCCUGAUGUUGUUCCAAGGAGAGAUCCAGCGAAGGAACAAGUGACUGAAGUAAAGAAGAAAGAGAAAUCUGCAGGUGUCAAGAAUUUCAAACUUCUAUCUUUUGGUGAAGAAGCAGAGGAAGAUGAAGAGGAAAAUGAGGUAGCCAAUAAAAUGUAUGCUGGACGUAGCAAGUCAACACAUGAUGUUCUCAAUGAUCCAAAAUUAAGUGCAGUGCCUGCAGUAGAUAUGAAUCAGAAAACAAAAAAGAAUAAGAAUGAAGUGAGAAGUGAAAAUGAUGAAGAUAAUAGUAAUGCUUCAGCAAGUGAAGAAUCAGCUUUGAGUGGUGAUGAAGAUGUUUCGAAAAGAGCUUGGAACUCAGAUGAAGAAAAGAAUGAAACAGCAAAUAUACGGAAAAAGUUAAAAACUGAAUAUUCUAAAACUGAACAAUCUCACAAAAAAACUGUUCCUGAUGCAAAGGAAUCUGAAAGUGAAGGGGAAGAUUAUUAUUUGGGUCAAGAGCAAGAUAAAGAGAGGAAAAGAAAAAUGGAACAGAUUCGCAAGGAAAUAAAAGAUUUAAAACGUGAAAUGAAGAACGAUAAACAGAAUAAGGAAACUGAAAUAAAGUUGUUGGCUGCUGAGAAGAAAGAGAAGGAAAUACUUAAAGAAUAUAAUGAAACAGUAGCAAAAUACAAACAGAAAAAGCAAGAAAUGCCAAAGAAAGGCCAGUCAAGAGAGGAAUUCACUCUUUCAUUGCUGUCAAAAUUUCAGAAGAAACUUGCAGAAGCAAAGGACAAAGCUCAAAAUAGUGCAGAUCAAGGUGAUGAUAAAAAAGAUGAUGACUCAAAUGCUGACAGUGAAAGUGAAGAAUGGUUGACACACAAACUUCAGUUUGAGGAGAAACUGCCAGUUUUGGCCAAGGAUGCCAGCACAAAAGAUGAUGACUGGUUUGAGAUUUAUGACCCCAGGAAUCCAAUAAACAAAAGAAGACGAGAAACAAGUAAAAAUGCCAUGAAAAAUAAAGAGAAACAAUAAUUGUAGAACAAGUGCAAAGAAGAACAUUGAGUGUAACUAUGAAGCAUUUGCAACAAGUGGCCUACUCAACUCAAUGAUCUCACUAGCUAAAAUGUGCAGAAAGACACUCAAAAGGGCUGUGAAGAUGAGGUGAACACAUAAGGACCAGAAUUAGUAUUGUGACUCAUGUUGUAUAUUAUUAUCUUUAGUUGAAGGUUAUUAUAAAGAAAUGUAUACAGGCAACAAAUAUUUACUGAACAGAUCAAAUGCA